AUGCCCCCCGCCCACCGCCACCGUCCGCGUGGGGCUGGAUCACAUGCACUUGAACCGGAUCACUCACUCACCGGGUCGCCGGGGUCUCAGCAUCGAGGCCCUAAUCGAAGCGUCCUUGCAUCUUCUGCCUCACUCACUCUGCACCUCUUCCUCGGAGGCUCAGGCUUUCUGCUCGUCGGUGUGCAUGUGUGUGUGUGUAUUCCGUGCUGUAUGUAA